AUGGACGCAUACCCCGAAGCCUACAUCAACCACAACCUGCCUCUAGUCCUACUUUCUGGACUGGAGGCGGAUGCAGAAGAGGACAAAGGAACAGCAUUGGAUUAUCCUCUUUUAGAAACGGGACCUAAGAUAUUCUCGGAUUUCCCAUCAUUAAGCGGAACCGUCGCGGAACAAUUGCGGAGUGUGCUGUUGGAACAAGAUGGUACCCAAAACCCCUGGAGAUCGACCAUCAAUGCAAGCGGAACUGCUCACCAGAUAGGCUAUAAAAUAAAGAGCAUCGGUCGUUCUUAUCAACUCCCCCCGCAGAAAGCAGCCCCUCCAGAGAGUUCGGCUCCAACGAGCCCCUCCAGUGAUCCAGAUACCAAGAUCCCCGCUUCCAACGUCCCAUAUGUCCUUCAUUCUCCCAUCUCUCCCCUAUCUCCCGGCUCGCCCACUUUCCCCGAUGGCCUUCUUACUCCAGCUUGGGUGACCAAGCACCGAAACCUGGUCCCAGCUGCGGUGAUCAACUUCUUCCCCUUUUCCCUGGAUCCCAAUAUGAACUCGCUGCGAGAUAAUCAAUUGAAAAUUGAAAUAAACAGCCUGAAAAAGGAAUGGUCUUCGUCGGGAUUCAAAACGCGCUUUUUGGUGGUCUUAAUCUCAGAAGACGGCGACGGAGGCCUUGCGGGGGAAAUUGAUGAUCGGAUAGCAGCAAUUCGACGAUCUACAAAUCUGGAUCAGAAAUCGAUCUUUGUUAUCCCUCCUGACGCGACAUCUUCCGAAUUGACAGAAUUCGCAACCUCGCUUUUCUCGCUGCUGCAACCCUCGGUGGUCGAAUACUAUCGGGACUUGUCGAAGCAUGCUCGGCGCAAGCGCAACCGCGGUAAUAUCCCUCCUCCAACGGCACCGCCAACAAGCGGAACUUCGCAGACGUUAUCGUUUCAGGGAUGGAAUGUAAGAUAUGAAUUUAAGCUUGGAAUCUUCGCAGAAUUUCGUCAGGAGAUGGAUGCUGCGUGUCGAAAUUACGAGAGUGCAUAUGACACAUUAUUUGGACAGGAGGUGUUUGAAAAUAUCGCAGGCUGGGAUCCUCGAUUUAACGAUGCACGACUUCUGGGUGAUGCCCUUGCUAUCCGUAUCAUUCGGUGCCUAUUAUGGACGAACCAAACGACGGCUGCGACACGCUUUUGGGUUGAUCAUCGUCUUCGCACGCAGGACAUCGUCAACCGAAGAGGUAAAGGAAGCAAGAAUUACGGAUGGGAGGCGUGGGAGGCAAGAUGGUCCAUGAUGAUGGCUGAGCUCAUUCGCCGUGCGGGGGCAUCUCUUCCCUCACCGGAGCAAUCUGCGUCCGAGACAUCCUCGAUCUUCAAUGUACCCGAGAAGGCCAUUCCUAGUGGAGAACUGGUCAGCCCAUGGGAACAUUUACACCAUGAAGGAUACUGGCUGCACCGCUCAGCAAAGCAUACCAUGCGCCGCCGAGCCCUCGCACAGUUGAUUCCCGACGAGGACCGGCUAUCUCCUGGUCAAUCACCUGCCUCCCAAGUAGCCAGUAAAUCAUACUUGUACGAUUCAUAUCUUGCUCCAGAGCCACACAUUGAAUCUCAACCUGGUAAGACUGGCUUUGAUCACUCAAAUAUGAUUUUAAGCACCUUGAAAGAUUCACUUGAGGAAUUCUCCAAGCGCAGUCAAAUUCGAAAGGCAGAGCAAUUGAGCCUAGAGCUCGCCGAAGAAUACAUGCGAAAUGGUUCUUGGUCAGAAGCAUACGACGUUCUUCAGCCACGAUGGUCCACCCUGACCUGGCGGCGGUCAGGGUGGUGGUCCUUGUUGGAGAACUAUGGCUGGGCGUUAAGGGAAUCUGCUCUCAAAUUACAAAAGAGCGAGACAGUAUUACAGGUGGACUGGGAGCUUCUAAACAACACCUUGCCAUCAAGAUCCACCUCGCGCUAUGACAUACAAAAGAGUCUUGAAGAUGUUUCCACUGACAAGCCCAAACCAUCUGUGGUCCUUCGUGCUGAGGAUGUUAUGACUGGCCUGACCGCAUCUCUUGUCUUUGAGAACCCGGAGGGCAAUGUCGGUGAGCCGCUACAGGCUCAACUCCUCAUCUCAUCCUGUGCCCAAAAGUCUUCAUCUCCUAUAAGACUGUCCCAAGUGAAACUUGGAUUCGAGGGAUGUCUUCGUCCCGUCAGGCUUCAGUCCGAUCAAAACCAGAACUCUGACACUACUAGUCCGUGUUGCAUUUCAUCAAUAUCACUCCGUGAACCCAGUACUCCAGAUGACUCAGUCCUCCAGUCCCCAACUGGUGGGCUGGCCACUUUAGUCGGAGUUGCAGAUCUGACAAUAGGGCCUUCUCAAAUGAAGGUCUUCAACCUCACAUGCAUUCCACGCGAAGCUGGAGAAGCCCAGGUUGCUUCGAUCGCGAUGAUUUUAGAAGAGGAGAAGUUCGAUCUCACAUAUGUUAUCACAGAGCACACCACUCGGGAGUCCUAUUGGUGGCAGCAAACCAAGAAGGGCCCGGCUCGGCGAAGAAUUGGAAAAGAUCGAGACACCGGAAAGUGCAAGAUCAUGCCCAAGCCGCCCAAGAUUCGCAUCUCUACGCCUAACCUCAAGAGUACCUACUACACGAAUGAACGUGUGGCUUUGAAAAUCGGAUUUCACAACGAAGAAGACGAGGCUGUUAAUAUCUCAGCGGAGGUCAGGUUGUUUGGUAGCCCCGAGUCUACUACCAAGCUCGAAUGGCUGGAUGCAGAUCCAGCUGUGGACCCUGUAGAAUCAGGCACAAGCUCACCAACUGAAGGGCCCUCUCAUUUCAUUAAAAGAUCUGUUGGAGCUAUGGAGCGUGCUUCCAAUCAAGAUCUUACUGUUGUUCUCGGUGAUACUCAAGAGGCGGCGAAACAUACGCUUGAGGUUUCAGCAGUAUAUCACCUUCUGUCCGAUGUGCAAACUCCUAUCAUUAAGACAGUCAGUGUCGAGCUGUCGUUUAUCCGACCAUUCGAAGCCAACUACGAGUUCCUGCCCCGGGUCCAUUCCAAACCAUGGCCUGAUUUCUUCUCAGUUGAGGAUGACUUGGUUGGAGAGGACUCCUUAGCUAAGCCCAGUGGUUUACUGCAGAAAUGGUGUCUCAACUCCAAAUUGGUUUCCUUUGCACUGGAACCUCUCGUGAUAGAUCACAUGUCUUUGAAACUCCUCAGCCUGAGCGGAGGUGCCGUCUGCAACGUCGAGUCCGAGACUCUAGUUAGUCCCGAGACGCCGCAAAUUGCCGCCGAGGAACUUCGCGAGUCAAACUUCUGUGUCGAUCUCCAAAAGCUCACACUGGGUGACCGCCGUCCAUCGGCAGUCAACUUCGCCUUGGAGAUAGUCUGGCACCGUGCAUCUGCCAACGAGGGUGAUUCAAACGACAAAACCACCACUAUUCUCGAGGUCCCUCGCUUUGUAGUGCCGAUGGGUGAACCACGAGUCCUUGCCUCGGCCUCUCAAUCAACCACCAUGUCGGGUCUUGCGCAUCUUGAGUACACACUCGAAAACCCAUCCACGCAUUUCCUUACAUUCAACUUGAUGAUGGAAGCUAGUGAGCACUUUGCUUUCAGCGGACCCAAGACCACGGUGGUCCAGCUGGUCCCACUCAGCCGUCAUACCGUGCGGUAUAAUAUUCUAGCAGCGAAACGCGGACUCUGGAUCCAGCCUCAGCUUGUGGUUGUGGAUACUUAUUUCAACAAGACCCUACGAGUACUUCCAACUGGGGAUAUGCGUUCAGAUAAGAAGGGUAUUUUGAUGUGGAUUGACGCAGAGGAUUAG